UCUUAUAUUCAGAGCCGCACCAUUUCACAAAAUCUCCAGAGCAUCAAAUCGGCAGCUUAUCACAAAAUCAUAAGCAAUCAAAGAUGAGUAAAGGAGGCGCGGCGGCCGGAGCAACUAAAGGGAAGAAGAAGGGCGCAACGUUCACAAUAGAAUGUGCGAAACCAGUUGAAGAUAAGAUUAUGGACAUAGCUUCUCUUGAGAAGUUUCUUCAAGAGCGAAUUAAGGUCGGCGGUAAAGCCGGUGCUCUUGGUGAUUCCGUCACCGUCACUCGUGAGAAGACUAAGAUCACCGUCACAUCUGAUUCUAACUUCUCCAAGAGGUAUCUCAAGUACUUAACCAAGAAGUACCUAAAGAAACACAAUGUUAGGGAUUGGCUUCGAGUGAUUGCAUCCAACAAAGAUCGUAAUGUAUACGAAUUGAGGUACUUCAAUAUCGCUGAGAAUGAGGGAGAGGAGGAAGACUGAACGAUGGAUUGGUAGCCUUUAUUUUUGUUUUUGAACUCCUUAUUUAGUAUCUGGUUCAAUGGAGCUACAAUUUAUGACAAAAACCAUGUUUUAUGAUUUUGUUUAUCAAAUUGUUCAUUUGCUAUACUUCUAUUGCUGAGAUUGAGAAUUUUGUUUCCA